AGAACUUCACGACGGAACAUCGAUAAAAGAGAAUGGGAUUAUGGAUGGAAGCAAAAUAAUUCUGCUGCCAAAUGUUGAGACGGGGCUUUUGGCGCAACGUCCAGAGAAUACGGUGAUGCAAGCUUUGGAAUCGUUGAACGAUUCACAAGUGAACGAUUUUCUUAGCGGGAAAACGCCAUUGAAUUUGAGUAUGCGUUUAGGUGAUCACAUGAUGCUGAUUCAAUUACAAUUGAGCACUGUAAAUCCAACAAAUUCGAAUGCAUCUACCUCAACCGGUUCGACUGGAUCAGUUAAUUCAUCUCGAACACGUAGCAUAUUUCGGUCGAAGACUUCAUCAUCGGCACGUCCGUCAUCAUCGUCGUCAUUGGCCCAACAAUCGUCCAGUACAAAUUCAACUCCCAUUAGAUUCACAAAUGCCAAUCAUAUGUACAAAUCCCUAUCAUCAGAUCAAAUACCCGAAAAAUAUCGAAAUCGCCAUGAAGUUGUGUUGUCACCCCAAGCGUCUACCAGUCGCGCCUCUGAUUUGAUUGAGUCGAAAAAUGAAUUCGAAGAACUACACACAAUCGUUAGUUCACUUAGCAAAGAGAAAACUGAAACUAAAACAAUCAAUGACGCCGACGUAGAUGCCAGUAUGGUUAGUAACGAAGUUGAUUCACUUUUGGAACAGUCACCAAUCAAGUCACUGUCAAACUUAGUUUCUGGACCGAUAAAAACAUCUUCGUUGCAAAACAUUCCGAUGAAUACACCGACUGCCAGCAACAAACUUACCUCAUGCCCAUGUAAAUCAGUUGAGAGCAGUAGCAGCUCUUCAUCUGGCUGUGAUAUAAAUUGUCAAUAUUCGCGAACCCGUCAUCAGGUACAGCAUAAAAAGUACAUAAAUCACACCGAACUGAAAACAACCACCACCACCACUACCACCGCCACACGAUCCUCAGCGCUACUCCAUAAAACUCUGAACAAUCCAAUUGCAAAAGUAAAGUCAAGCGGAUCUCAAGCCAUUCAAAGUUCUGCUCAGGCAGCAACCGAUGCAUCAAAUUUGCGUCGUUCGAAAAGUUCGGAGAGCAUUUCACAUGCUGAACAAGGAAUUGCCAAAAUGGUCACGGCAAAAUCGUUGCAAAGUGAGCUCUCAGUUGAUCAGCCCAUAAAUAUAAUUGACACCACUGCUGGCAAUAGCCUCGAUACGGUGUCCGAUACUGAAGCAUCACUCAAUCUGACCAAAACUCUUCGGAAAUUAUCAAAAGAACUGUUCAGUAGUAAAGGUGAUGCAUCGGCCAUAGCUAUAAAUGAUGAAAAACGUACACGUUCAAAUAAUACACCAACCAAUUCGAGUAGCGGAUCUCAUCAGAGUAGCGCUGUAGCUGGUUUUGGUUCAGGUGCUGUCAUUGAAUCGAUGCGAAAUCAUGGACGAGGCAUUUACUCUGGCACAUUUUCGGGCACCCUCAACCCUGCUUUGCAGGAUCGUUACGGUCGACCAAAACGCGAUAUUUCAACCGUUAUUCAUAUCCUUAAUGAUUUGCUAAGCGCAACACCUCAUUAUAGUCGUGGUGCUCGAAUCAGCUUUGAACCCGCUCAUCACUCUCGCAAAUAUUCGUCAUCGUCGUCAAAGCGAAUAAGCAGUACAAGUGCUGGCAGUGCUCAAUCCCAUCAGCAACGUUCGCAUUGUUCCAAAUGUACGAUGUCAUCUAGUAAAUCUGGAUGCAAUGGUGAAUGUAUAAAAGCAUCUCGCAGUACCAGUCGUCAUAUUUAUGUUACCAAUGACUCAGUUCAAUCGUCAAAAUCGGCAUCGUUGCCAUCGACACCCAUUUCAACAAAUAGAUCAAUUGAUUGCCGUCAAUGUCAAAUGCCAAUGAGCAGCUCAGCACCCGUUACGCCAGCAGUGUCACCAAAUCAAUCAUUAAAUAGUUCGACUAGUACAUUAGACACAUCAAAUUCAAGCGCAUUCGAUUUCCGCAAUUCAACCGGUUCGGAUUUAUCGUUGUCAUCAACAUUAUCGCCGGCAAGCGGCCAAAGCGUCUCUACCCAUCCGAUUUGUACAAAAUGCAGCAAUAUUGAAAUUGAGAAUAACAAAACAAAAACGAAAUUGGAUCAAUUACGUUUAGUAAUGCAGCAAAGACGUGAACGACGUGAAGCCCGAAAAAUGCGCUCGACACCGUAUGGUGGAAUGACAAGAAUUAUCGGUGCGGCUGCAACAACAACUACUAGCACAUCAGCCAAUCCAAAUGAUGUGUCAAAUGCGACCGUAAUUCAGGCCACUGUUGAAGCCCCGCCAAUUGAACAAGUCAAUACACUUGCUUAAAUCAUCGUCUCACGAUCUCAUCCGCUUAUAAAACAGCGAACAUGCCCAUAUGUCAGGAAUUGUAAAUGAUUUAAAGAUAAAAAAAUUUGAAUUACAUUUACUUUUGAAUUUUAAAACAGUUCUAUUAUAAAUUUAAACAAAAAAUAUAUAUAAUAACAACACUUUAAUACCAAUUAUUGCGAAUGAAAAUUUAACAAUUAGGGAAGCGUCAUGUGAAAUGAAUUGAAAUGAAAUGGAAAACAAAUCAGACAAAACAUUAAAUCUAAAAUCAUAUUGAUAGAACGCUAAUUAAGGUGUAAUCGAAUUAAGGAGAAAACAAACGUGAAAAUGAAGCAAAAUACUAGUUUUAGGCGAGUAAGAAGUGUUCUUUCGAUUGAUUAGAAGUACAAUAAAUCAACAAAACAAAUGAUACACAGUACAUUUAAGCAUUACCCAAAA